AUGGCCUCACUCCCUUCUCGCCGCGGACACGCCGCCAUAGGCGCUAUCAUCAGCGACAUGGAACCUUACCUCCCGCCUGACACCAUCGAUCGCCCAGGGUACAAGCAUUGCCGGACUACAUACGGACUUCUAACAACUACCUAUAAGCGCGUUGAGAAUUCUGAUGCACCAGAAAAGGUAUACAAGGAGCUGCAGCAACUCGAGAACGAACUCCGCCGCCGCCUCCACAACCUGAAUGCCUCCAAGGGCGUCCCAGUCAAGAUGACCCAGUUCCUGGACGAGCUCAGAGCCGCCCUUGAGCAUGCCAUGUCUGAGGGCGUGAACGCCAACUUUUUGAUCCAGGGUAUGGCCGAUCUCCUGGACGAGAAACCGGAAACCCAGCCUGCACCAAAACCGGAGCGGGUCCUUAUGAUGCCAGACACGAAGUACAAGAAGGUCAAGGCCGAGCUUGCGGAAGCGAACAAGAAAAUUCAGAAGCUGAAUGAGGAAAACAACUCUCUGAUCCUGUACAUCAGGAAGUUGGAGGCGGAGCGCGUACGGCGCACGUGA